UUGUAAAAUAUAGUCUACUUUCUAUUUACUUAUUGUUUAUAGUAUACUAUUAUAUUAUACACUAAGGUCUACGUUCAUACUACUGUAUAAACUGUUUACUCCUUAAAUUUUAUAGCAGUUACUAUUUUAUAAAUUUCUAACAAAAUACUCCGAACAAUAUGUCGGAUAAAGCGAUGCUCGUUCUGGGUGAAGCUCCUGAAUCUGAUGAUGAAGAGUUUCAACACAUUGAUAAUUCAAAAAGUGGAAUAGCCGAGAGCGACCAUAAAGAUUUUGAUACUGAUUCUAAUUACCUGACCAGCAACUCAAAAAAUAGAAAAAGUCGAGUGGGAAGGGAAAGUUUUGCUGGCCGCUCUGACAAUUUCAAAAUGUCUGAAGAUACUUUACUGCAUAGAAAAUUAAAAGAGAAAAAUAUGCAGUUUUAUUCAAAUCUCACAACAUUUAACAAGCAAAUGUAUAUAAAUGCUAUGAAUCAAAUGAAUGAAACAGACCAACAGCUAGUCAAAGCUCAAGUAUUACUCCAAGACACUGUGACUAACUGGAAGUAUAUUGAACAAAAUUUGUCACACAUUAAGCGGAAGAUGACUGAUAUACUGGCUGAGGAGUAUAUUCCUAAAAUUAAAAUCUAAUCCAUUUUUUUUAUUAAAAAAAAAACAAAAACACUUGUUAUCAUAAAUGGACUGUAAUAUAUGUUAUUCUAUAUUUGUAUACAGAAAAAAAUUGUAUUAAAUUAUAUUUUUACACUAUAA